AUGGUCGGACCACGAAACGCGGCCUUCGCCGAGGAAUCGGCUGAGGUGGAGGUUCUCCUGGCCUCACUCACCAAGACCAAGGAUCUCACCAAGCGGAUCGCUUCAAGCCUGACACGUCUAGACAGCAGCGGCAAGAUAGUCCGCGAAGCCAUCGGCCCCAUAUAUUCCAACACACAGCAAUUACAGAUCACGAGUCGCAACAUCGACCGCGUCAAUGAAGCCAUCGAGCGACUCCGGCAGCCGCUCGACACGCGAGGCCAAGAGGAGACCAUUAUUCGCGCAGGACCUAAGCCUGGAUCUUUUCCACAGUACUUGAGCGCGCUCAAGCGUGUUGAUAAGGCUCUCGGCGACUUGACGAGCACGAAUCUCAGGGUGAACGAGAGCCGCAUCAAUGAUUUCCACAGCCUAUUAACUCUUGGGGUGAAUCAGCUUCACGAUCUGUACAGGAGCACAUUGCAGCAGGACGCACAAACGAUAGAGCCGUUGCAUUAUAUCACCAAAAGCUUGCCGUUCCCAACCAUUCCGCAGGACCGGAUCCAGCUGCUGGGACAGAUUGCUGCCGCUAUUGCCAGUGCAAGCGCCCAGUCCGCCAAGCUAGGACAACGAGAUGAAGACCUCGCCGUCAAGAUGUACGCUGAAGUCAGAGGCGACUACCUCAACAAAUCGCUACAAAACCUCGCCACAGCCAGCGUCUCGACCGUCAAGGUCAAGAAGGACGACAACAAGAUCUACAAGCAAGGCGACAGUGGUAUUUCCGCCUACGCCCAAGGCCUGGAGGGCAUGAUCCUAGCCGAACACGAGAACACAUCACGCAUUUUCCGCAGCGGCAACGACUCACCUCGAGUCCUCACACAGACAUGUGCGACCACCAUCGCCACCUUCUCACGAACCAUGACAGACCUAAAUCGGCACACCAAAUCCCGCCUUCUAACCGACUGCUUCCUCACCUAUGAGAUCCUCGAACUAAUCACGCCACUGUCAUACCGCAUCGAAUCCACAACCAACGCCCUCCGCCCCCAGAUCAGCGACGCCCUCCGCCCGAUCGCGACACCGCACCGCGCCUCCCUUGCCGAAGUCAUCACUCAAACCCGGUCCACCGCGGAAUCGACCCCAUCCCUCCCACCAGACGGCAGCCCCGUCGCCUUCGUAAACGCCACCGCCCAACGCAUCCAAUCAUUCUGCACGUUCGACCGCCCCGUACUCACCCUCCUCUCCUCCCUCGGCGACGGCGGCUGGCGGUCCACCUCCAACCUAUCCGCCGAUAACAACCCAGCCACCAAAUCCUCCCUCUCCCUCGAACUCACCCCCUCAACCGAGAACCCCACCCUCCUAUCCCACUACCUCCUCGACCUAAUCCAAAACCUCCUCGACCCCCUCGUCGCCCGCAGCACCGCCCUACACCGCAACAACAAGCCCCUGGCAGGAAUCUUCCAACAGAACUGCAUCGCCCUACUGAGUCGAGCGAUCAACACCCACCCAGACGCAGCCCGCUACCUCGCCAUCACACCACACAGCACCAAACUCGAGUCCUACCGCAAAGCCGCUAGUAGCCUCUACCUCGCAGCAUGGCGAGAACCCAGCCAGCAUCUGAUGGACACGAUCUCAACCAAGACCAACUCUCGAAACUCCGGCGCGCUGGACUCGACGAGUAUCAUCAAAAGCCUGAGUUCAAAGGACAAAGACAAGAUCAAGGAUCAGUUCAAGGCGUUUAAUGCUUCUUUCGAGGAGUUGGUGGCGAGGCAUAAGAGUAUGUACAUGGAGAAGGAGGUUAAGGGGGCGAUGGCGAGGGAGGUUAGUGCGGUGAUUGAGCCGUUGUAUGCGAGGUUUUGGGAUCGGUAUCAUGAGGUGGAUAAGGGGAAGGGGAAGAGUGUGCGGUAUGGGAAGGGGGAUGUCAGUGCUGUUUUGGCGGGGCUCUAA